GCUGUUCGGAUUUGAAAUUUGAAAUGCAUGGUUCCUUCCGCGUGCAGGAUCCUCUUUGCUGGGCUUUCUGUUGGAUUUGCAGCGCGUCCACGUCACAUUGAUCUGGAGGCGGCCUUGGAUGGAUCGGAUCAGUACCCCAGCCACCAUGGCGCCCGGAAUCCCGCCGUCAUCCCGUGCUUCUCGGCGCGGCGAGCACGCCGCCGCCGCCAUCACCAUCUCCUCCGGCUCGGUGCGCAGGUCUGUCAUCAACGUGUCCGACGACGACGACGAGGUCACGAGCCGGCGCAGGAGCGAUCCGAUGCCGAUCGACCCAUUAUUGAUCCCAGCCAUGGCGCCAAGAAUCCCGCCGUCCUUCCCUGCUUCCCGCCGCGGCAAGCACGUCGCCGCCGCGAUCGCCACCAUCAACUUGUCUUCGCCGUCCUCCUCCGACGACGAGGAUGUCAUGAGCCGGCCCAGGAGCGCGGCGCGGCGCACGACGCCGCCGUCCUCCGUGUCCGUCGUCGUCCUCUCGCCGAGGAGGGCGGCGCGUCCAUCCCCGCCGGCGUCCCCUGCGGUGUCUGACGGCUCAUCCGCCAGCGAGGCCACCACCAUCCAGCAGAUCCAGCCCGAGAAGAAGAAAGAGAAGGAGCAAUGGUGCCUGGACGACGAGCUUUUCAUCCUCUGGACCAUGGCCUGGCUCCGCAUGGGCAACCCUGAUGGCAAGGUCCCCCUGGCCUCGGAGGUCUUGAAGCACCUCGUCCCGCUCCGGCGCCGUGGCGUGCAUGUGAGGCAGCUCUCGGACAAGAUGUGGCAGCUCAAGGUGAAGUUCAAGAAAAGUAUCGCCAAGGCCGUGGCCAACGGCGGCAAGCUCCGGCGCCGGACCCGGUACCGCCACCUGGUGCUCUACAACAUGUCCCAACAGGUGUGGCCGGACCUGUAUCAAGCCGCCGGCCUCUGAUGAAUAAUGCUCCUUACUUGCUGCUUGCUUGGAUCAUCAUCAGUAGCCGACGACUAAUAAUACGCAUGCAUAUCAUGCGCUGCUAUAGUAUCCUAAAUCCUUAUUGGGUGUGUUAUUAAUUAGCUGGUGCUCGCUCAAUCAUAUAUAUAUACUAGUUUCCCUUUAUAUGUUAGUUGCGUGCAUGUAGAAGUGCUAGCUAGCUAGCUAGUCUGAGAUAAUUUAUGCAUGCAUGAUAAUCGAAUCAGUGUCUUUAGUAUUUUGCUCUAAUGUAUUUUGUUAUUCCCAUUA